CAAUGAGUGACAGGCUUUUGAGCAACUUAGACAAACUUCUGCUUGAGUUUGUUUUCCAGCUAGAACAAACUUCUUAUGCUAAGGAACAUGUGAAUCAACAGAUAAAUUUGUAUACUGCAAAAAUCACAGAAAAAAAGAAUGAAAUCACUAGGCUGCAGGAAGAUAUAAACAACAGCAAUGAUGCAAUUGCUGAUUUACACCAGCAAAAUGAGAGUAGUAAGGAGAGCUGUAAAGUCUGGAAGCCCACCUAUGCAAUUCUUAGCCAGCAUGAAGAAUAUUUGAAAAAUGAACUUGAAGCUUUACAAGAAGCGACAGAAAAUGAGAGAAAAAUGUAUGAGGAUUACAUAACCCAGUAUAAAGAGAUGUUAAAACAACAGCAUGAAAAAUAUGCGGAAACUGCUCUUGCACAGAAAUAUUACCAAAAAAAGAAAGAACUUGAAGAAAUCCAAAACAGAGUAUUGAAACAGUCUGCGAAAUAUGAAUUGAAAGAAGACACUUGCUUGGAUAUUCUAGAACCUGUUCCUUUUAAAUCCGUAAAUGACUGGGCUUUACAGAUUGCUUCUUUGAGGCGAAAGACACAGGAAAUGUUAAAGCUUGCUGCAGUUGCUACACAAGAAUCCAUUGAGCUACAAAAAGAAGCUGAGGAAUUAGAAAAGAAAAUCAAUUCUUUAAAAAAGACACUUGUAAAGACUACAGAAGAUCAAAAAAAUUCCAAAAUGUUUGAAGGAAAAAAUCAGAAAAGUCUGGAGAAGCUUAAAGAAAGGAUAUUUGAAGACGGGGAACAUCCAUCUUUGCAAAAUGAGAAACAUCAACUGUAUAAACCAUUACAUGUCCCAUGCAUUCCUCGGAAACUAGUGCAGUCUGUACAGAGCAUUAGAUUCCCAGUGCAGCGAACACAAAGAGGGAGAGAAGAAAAAGAAAAACCUAUGGAACUUCCAGUGGCUACUAGCGGUUCCUCCAGUUUUGCAGAAAAUUCAUCACAGAUGGUUACUGACACUGCAGGCACUAAUAACCCACAAAUUGCCCAAGUUCCAGCGAUAGCGAGCUCACAAAACCAAACGCAAUUCAGACUGGCAAUUCCCCCAAAGCGGAUGACUUCCAAUCAACAGUUUGAGAGUGAAAAUGCAGUAAUAGCGAGCCAAGAGGCCAAAUGUAAUGAAGAAGCAGAAGAUGAACCAAAGGAUUAUUCUUUUAGACCUCAAGGCAUAAACACAAAUUUGAAGUCAAAUGAAGACAAUCUUGGCACAGCAGAAGAAAGUUCACAACAUUUUUUAAGAGCACCUGAAACACCUGAGUUUGUCGGAACACCUGACUCAAAGGGGAAGAAAACCCAGUUCUCUAAGCUACCUUCAUUUGACUUCAUUCACAAUUUAGGUUCUGAAGAAGGAACAUCUAAAUCUCCUGCCUUCUUUUCUCUCAUGAACUUUACUCAGAAGUCACCUGGUUUUAAUUUGUUUGAUUCUUCUAUGUUUGGGGCAGAAAAUUCAUCUGAUGAGACAGAAGAAGGUUAUUCUGUGGGAAACUUGAACCCUCUGUCCCCACAAAAAGAUAUUGGAAGCUUGUUUGGGAAAUCAGAAAGUGAGGAGGCAUUUGCCUUCCCCUUCCCUUCAGAAUCAACUUCUCAUGCAUUUGGAGAUGGAAAAGAUGACUUCAGUUUUCCAUUUGCAUUUGGACAGGAUCAGAGAUCAUCACAGUCUCCUCCUAUGAAAGGUUUUCAUUCUUCCUUACAAAAUACAAAGCCAUUUACAUUCUUCUGAAUACCUUUGACUUCCUUUUAAAUUCUUUUCCUACUUAGCCUUGACAAAUGUUUUCAGUUUCUUAAGUACAAAGCAUUUAAUCUUCCCCUUUCAUUUCAUGCAAGACUACAUUAUUCCAAUUGCUGCAAAAGCAUGUGUAUAUUCAUUAAGCGCACAUGCUUUGAGAUGCAGCCUUUAUUUUUCUUAUUUCCUAAAUACGUUGUUUUCAUAAAACAUUAUGAUACACUUCUGUUAAAUUGGCACUUACAGGUAGCAGAAAUAUCAUUUUACAGUGGUGUGUUAAUUCAAUAUCGGAGAGCGCAUCUAAACUUCUAGAUGAGUACAUUCAGCCUCUGAUAUAAAGUAACUUGUGUUAGAGUAACUGUUUAUUGUGGUAAAAUCUGAAUUUGAGUUAAAGACAAUGUUCUCAAAUUAGCUGUUACACACAAAGUAUUUCUAAAAUUUUUGAAAUAAACAUUUCUGUUAAUUU